AUUAUAAAAGUGCCACCGCGUAACUUUAUGUUAUCAAAUUAAUACAUAUAAAAAAGUUAAAUUUAACUUUUGACCCCAAAUGUUAGGCGAGGCUGAUGCCCUCGUCUGAAUGAAGAAAACAUCGAGUUGAGGAAGUAGGGCAAGAGCGUAUAUUUCUGUCGCUCAUUUGAUUAAAACCAGCGGCACAAUGUUGGGCCAAAGACAGUAUUUUAAAUUUCGGUUAAAACCAAAAGACAUCAGUCGACUAGUCAGCACCUCCCUAGGCCAUGUAGACUACGACUCGGACACCCAUACAUUCAGGUCGAACCAGGCCGUACAGAUUCCGGAAAAAAACGUCAGCGAGCUUGUCUGGCGCGACGUCCACAAAUGGGAAAAUUUGCCAGCACUGACUUGUAGAUUCAAAGGAAAAAGUUACACCUAUGGACAAGCUCAGGGUGCGAGUUCCGCCUUCGGAAUCAACAUUUCAAACGACCUGAACUUGAAAGCAGGGGACUCGAUUGGAAUCGUCUUGCCCAACAUGCCAGAAUUCGCAAUCAUAUUUCUGGGAGCAGCGUCGGCCGGACUCGUUUCAUGCACGGCCAAUCCAAUUCACACAGCAACCGAGCUAAGCCAUCAGUUCACCGACGCCAAAGUCCGCGCCGUGGUGACCACCCCCGACCUCCUGGAUAAGGUCAAACAGGCCCUGCAGAUGACCCCUGCAGGCGGAGGUCACUUGAUUGUCACUGGAGAAGAAAAUUUUCCUGAAGGUUGUCUCGGUUACGAGAACCUGACCAAGAAGAGUAUUAAAGGGAUGAAGAAACCUGAGCGACCUGACCCUGAUUCUCUCGUGGCCCUGCCCUAUUCAAGUGGCACCACGGGCAAACCUAAAGGGGUCAUGCUGACCCACAGGAAUUUGGUCACCAAUCUGUGCCAAAUGGAUCACCCAGAAGUCUUUCUGAACGUUAGCAAAGCAGGUUAUCCCCAAGCAAAGCAACUUGCCAUACUGCCGAUGUUCCACAUGUAUGGUUUGCACGCGGUGAUGAAUUUGUCAUUAUUCAGGGGCCACCACUUGAUUUCUCUUCCAGGAUUCGAUCCCUCAAGUUUUAUCCAAGAUAUGAAAAAUUACAAACCCAACACGCUAAGCUUGGUGCCUCCCUUAGUUGCAUUUUUAUGCAACUCACCCGAUUUGACCUCAGAAGACCUCAACGAAUUGCGUUUGGCGAUUAACGGAGCUGCACCCAUUCCAGUUUCCACCGCGAAAUAUUUUAUUGAAAAGGUCAACAGCCCUGAUUUUAUAUUUAAAUUUGGCUACGGAUUAACUGAAGCUACUUGCUGUGCUGCCUCUUUCCCAACGACACUCAGGAGGAAUAAAUUUGGCUCCUGUGGAGUAGCAAUUCCUUUGACUGAAAUAAAAGUUGCAGAUGAAAAUGGAAAAAGUCUUCCUCAGGGCAAAACUGGCGAGUUGUGGUACAAAGGACCGAACGUCAUGCAGGGCUAUAUCAACAAUGAAAAGGCAACAAAGGAAACUUUGACGUCGGACGGGUGGCUGAAGACUGGAGACGUUGCCUACGUUGAUGAGGACGGGUACAUUUUCAUCGUGGACAGAAUUAAGGAACUCAUCAAAGUUAAAGGAUUCCAAGUCUCUCCGACGGAACUGGAAGAAGUUCUGAGGAAAAUUCCCGGAAUAACAGAUGUGGCAGUGAUUGGAGUGGCUGACGGCAAAAGUGGAGAAGUUCCGAAGGCCUUUGUGGUAAAAAAUGAUCUCGAUUUAAAUCAGGAGAAGAUUGGGGACUUCCUGAAAGACAAAGUUGCUCCCUACAAACAACUCAAAGGCUGCAGCGGAAGGUCUUUUGGUUUGCGGAUAAAACCAAAAGGCGUCAGUCGACAUGUCAGCACGACCCUUGGCAAUGUGGACUACGACUCGGACACCCACAUCUUCAGGUCAAACUUGACCGUCCAAAAGCCACCGGACAGUCCGGUCAGUGAGUUUGUCUGGCGAGACGCCCACAAAUGGGAAAGUUCACCAGCCUUGACCUGUGGCAUAAAAGGAAAAAGUUACACCUACGGACAAGCGCAGGGUGCGAGUUCCGCCUUCGGAAUCAACAUUUCAAAUGACCUGGACCUGAAAGCAGGGGACUCGAUUGGAAUCGUCUUGCCAAACAUGCCAGAAUUCGCAAUCACCUUUCUGGGAGCAGCGUCGGCCGGACUCGUUUCAUGCACGGCCAAUCCAAUUUACACAGCCACCGAGCUAAGCCAUCAGUUCACCGACGCCAAAGUCCGCGCCGUGGUGACCACCCCCGACCUCCUGGACAAAGUCAAACAGGCCCUGCAGAUGACCCCUGCAGGUGGAGGUCACUUGAUUGUAACUGGAGAAGGAAAUGUACCUGAAGGUUGUCUCGGUUACGAGAACCUGACCAAGAAGAUUAUUAAAGGGACGAAGAAACCUGAGCGACCUGACCCUGAUUCCCUCGCGGCCCUGCCCUAUUCAAGUGGCACCACGGGCAAACCUAAAGGGGUCAUGCUGACCCACAGGAAUUUGGUCACCAAUAUGUGCCAAUGUGAUCAUCCGGAGGUUUUUGUCAACGCCGGCAGAGAAGGUUAUCCGCAAGCAAAGCAACUCGCCAUUCUUCCGAUGUUCCACAUUUACGGCUUGAACGGCAUAAUGAAUUUGGCGCUUUUCCGAGGUCACCACUUGAUCUCCCUUCCGCGAUUUGAACCCUCCAGUUUUGUCCAAGUGAUGAAAAAGUACAAACCCAAUACAGUGUGCUUGGCGCCUCCUUUGGUUGCAUUUUUAUGCAAAUCGCACGACCUGACCUCCGCAGACCUGGACGAAUUGCGAGUCGCAAUGAACGGAGCCGCCCCAGUAGCCGUGUCAAUUGUGAAGGAUCUCAUGAAAAAAGUCAAAAGCCCCGAUUUCAUCUUCAAAGAUGGUUAUGGGAUGACUGAAGUUUCUUGCUGCUCGGCAAUGUCCCCAACAACCCUGAAGCCCGACAAAUUCGGCUCCUGCGGAAUGAACAUUCCAUUGUCUGAAAUAAAAAUUGCAGACAAAAAUGGAAAUAGCCUUCCUCAGGGUAAAACUGGCGAGUUGUGGUACAAAGGACCAAACGUCAUGCAGGGCUAUCUCAACAAUGAAAAAGCGACGAAGGAAACUUUGACGCCGGACGGGUGGCUGAAGACGGGAGACGUUGCGUACGUUGAUGAGGAUGGGUACAUUUUCAUUGUGGACAGAAUGAAGGAACUUAUCAAAGUCAAAGGAUUCCAAGUGUCUCCGACGGAACUGGAAGAAGUUCUGAGGAAAAUUCCCGGAAUAACGGAUGUGGCAGUGAUUGGAGUGGCUGACGGCAAAAGUGGAGAAGUUCCGAAGGCUUUUGUGGUAAAAAAUGAUCCAAAUGUAAAUCAAGAGCAAAUCGAAGACUUUCUCAAAGACAAAGUUGCUCCUUACAAACAACUUAAAGGCGGAGUGCAAUUUGUAAAUGCGAUUCCCAGAAGCAGUGCCGGGAAAAUUCUGCGAAAUGAAUUGAAGAAAAUGUGAGAAAUCAAAACCAUUUAUAAUGCAAUUCAAAAAUAUAUAAAUUAUAAGUUUUAUCUUA